UCAUCAAAACAACGAAUUUUUUAUUCUCGUUAAUAAAAAGGUUAAAAAAUAAUAUAACGAUCAAAAGCAGGUAUAACAUUAGACUCUCUGCUAUUUAGAAGAGUAAGCUUCAUUGUAAAGUUGGUGUGAAAAUGGCAGCUCCAGCAUUGUCUAGAGAUUCAAGUGUCUUGAAGCCUGUUCAGGACAAUGUGAACUUGAGUUCAUCAUCUUCUACUACAACUAAGAGAUUAACAAUGGUUGAAAGAGCCYGCCUUGAAGCAUUAGCAGCAUUUGGGAACGAGGGACUUGAUUCAUUGUCAUUCAAGAAGACAGACUUGAGCUCAAAAUUGAAAUCUGUUACACCAAGUGUUAAUAGCAAGACAGCCAAUACUAGAACCUUAACCAGGAUGGAGAAAGCAAGGAUUGAAGCUGCUACUGCAUUUGAAAAUGUCAAACUUGGCCAGAUGGUAAAAAAUCCAAGGAAACGAAAGAUGCAAAACGAUGCAAAUCAACAUGAAAACUCCAAGAAACAGAAUCUGACAAGAAUCCAGAAAGCAAAACAAGAAGCUGAGAAGGCCUUUGAGAAUAUUUCCCUUGAUAAAAUUCCUCCAAAGAGAAGCAAGCUCGAAAAGGAAAAAAUGGAAAAAAGGAUACUAGAAGGCAAAAAGGAGUCCAAGCCAAGUGACAUUAAGAAGGCUGGUAGAUUUAAAAGUCAUUUGCCAGGCACUAAAUCUAUUUUAAAACCUUCCAGAGCAUCAGAAAAGGACUCUGUUGUCACUGAGAUAAGGUCUACUGGAGAUACCACCACUCCCAAGAGAUUAACAAGAUCUCAAAGUGAAAAGAUGGAAGCACUUAAAUGUGGUAAUGGCACACAAGUGGAAGUCUCUGGUAGAGAUGCCUUGUGCGAGGAAAAUGUUGACCAAAAGUUGAGCCAGAACCAUGAGAAGUUCAUAGUUAAUGCUGGAAUUGCUAUGGAAACCACAGCUGACAAUGUGUCAAAUAUUACACCCAAGAGUUAUCAAGCUAACAGCAUUGAUGACAAUCAUGGUAAAAAUGUUGCACAAAAAAAGCUGACCAGACUAGAAAAAGCCAAACUGGAAGCACUACAAAGCUUUGCAGGUCAGGAGUUUAGUAACAUUUGCAAGCAGUCAACCAGGAUAUUUGCUAAACACCUGAAACCCAAGAAAGAUCAGUCAUGUAAUACAGAGAAUGAAGAACUCUUGCACAAUCCAAAGCAUGUUCCAGAACCCCACAAUCAAGAUAAACUAAAACCUCAAGAAAAUUCCAAACUCCAGGUUGCUGUGCUGAAAGUAAGUGAAAUGGCCAAAACAUCCCCACAAGUGCUUAGACAACCCAAGCAGAAAACACCAAAGGUUGAUUUUUAUUCCAGCGUUAUCGAAGAAAACUUUAAAAACCAAAGCUCUCUACUAGAAACCAGCCGCAGAGUCGUUAAGACUGCCAUGGAACUGGAAACUCCGGAAGGAUCUCCGAUGAGUGCAAUGACAUCCUAAGAUGAAAAAAAAGCCUUUUGUAUUAAAAACUUUUUUACCUAGAAGAUAGAACUGUAAAAAUUUAUAUAUCAUAAAAAUAUAUUAUAAAAUACAUAAUGCCUCAACUUUGUGUGUCUACAGCUAUUUUAAGAAAGGUUGAUGAAGGUUUGGUUGCAUGUUGACCAUGUUUAAAUAUUGUCAGCACAAGAAAAACACUUGCAUACAAAGUUUGGGAAAAUUCUAUAUAUUUGUGACCUUUUGCUGAUUGCAUUCACAUUGACCAUAGUGUAUUUCAGGCAUAGUAUGCAUGUAACAUGCAGUUUAUAAAAUCUUCACCAACCUAUUUUGAAAUAGCUGUAAAGAGUUGAGUUGGUUGUUGGUAAAUGUAAACUUCAGUUAAACAUUGAGUUUUAAAAUAUUAGUUUAGAACCAGUUUUGUUAUUUGUUUGUUAUUUUAUAUGACAAAGUUAAAAAUCAAAAUAUAUUGCAAACCACAAGAGUAUGUAAAAGAUUAUGGUUAGGGUUAGUUAAUCAGUCCUGAUGAAGUUGUUAAAUCUCCCUACCAAAAUAUUUCAAAUAUUUACCUUUUGUAGAGAGAAUGUAGUUAUUUAUCAAUUGUAUGCUUCUGUUUAUUAGGAGAGCUACAAGCCAUGCCAAAACUAGUUAAGACUCAUACCCACUUAUACCCUCCCCAUUCAAACACAACACCACAUAUAACACUUCCUCCCCCCCCCUUGCAAUGUGUAGUUCCAGAAAUUAUCCAUACCCACCCCACAGAGGGAAUUGGAAUUUCCGAAGAGUGGGGAGGUCAGAGAAAGAACUAAAAGUCCAGAGUUUGUAUGGAAGAAAAUUGUAAUUUCUGGGGGGUAGGGGGGAUGUCUAAAAAACAUUGCUCUGUGAGGGGAGUAUGGAUAAUUUUUGGAACUACACAGUGUUGAGAUGAUUGAGGGGUGCACCUUCUACUGAUACGGCAUUGAAUUAGGGGGGUAGGAGUGAUAAGAGUAGUGGGGGUUGAUCUAUCGAAAGGUAUUUCAAGAGAGGAUCCUGACAUUUUCAAAGGGGGUGUCCAAAAUGAAAAAAAGCAUCAAUAUAAUGACAUCAUCAGUAAUUCUGAUCUGACUUAUUUCAUUUGUUCUUAGAUUUAUUUUUUAAUUAAAUCUUAUUCAAUUUAAUCUUGAGUUGAACCAAAGAUUUGAAAACAGAAAUCUUAAAAAAAAGAAAACAUAUAUGUACGAUAAAAAAGAGGUAGCUUGAUAUUGGCAGGUGUUUUGUGCGACUAGGGACGCCCUCCCCUGGAGCGGCCCCUGUACUUAACUGUCCCUAAGAAGUCUAGUAAAUAAUUAGGGGAGUUUCAACAGUUUUAGUAUGGAUUGGUAUUUACUAAUAAAUUAGUCGUACGUACCAUUUUUGUUAGAGUGCAAGCAAUAUAUCCGUGAAAUAUUAGUAAUACUUACUUACACUAUUUUAUGCUAAUUCUAUUGUU